AUGGAACUAUCAAAGCACGAUAUUCGUGCAAUUUUGCUAUUCAUCUUCAAAAAAGAACAUAAAGCUCGGAAUAUCAAUGAAACGUUUGGUGAGGAAAUGACCAGUGAUUGGUCAACUCGAAAAUGGUUUAAACGAUUUCGCUGUGGAGAACUGAGCCUUGAAGUUUGUGAACGCACUGAAAGCUCAUCUGUCGUCGGUGACGGUCACUUAAAGACCGCCAUUGAGAAAGAUCCACGUAAAGCCAAUCGUGAACUGGCAAAAGAACUUAAGUUAGUCAGAAAACAGCCUCCAACCAUUUGCAUGCGAUCGGAAAAUCAAAAAGGUUCAACAAAUGGAUACCAGACGAUUUGA